AUGACAAUUGACUACUCCAAGUGGGAUAAGUUGGAAGUUUCUGAGGAUGAGGCAGAUUAUACUCCAAAAGUGCUAAAGGUGAACAAAGACCAGCAGAUCGUACUAGGAGGUAACGGUUACUCCAUACAAACAACGCCAAGACCUUCAGAACCUAAAGAUGUCUCAUCUAUAUGGAGUAAACGCCUGGAUAACGGAGCUGUAUUCCUCAACUCUCACAUUUACGCCCAGAAUCGUCACGAAGUCACCGCCUUUAUUGCAGUAGAAGGAAGUAAUUUGAACGUUGAUAUCGGUGAGAAGGAUAUUAAAAUAUACAGCAAAGGUGAUUUAGUGUUUUCUAGGGAACUUUAUGCAAAAGUAAGGGAUGGAGAAGAGUUUUGGAACUGGGAAAUUACAAGAUUAGAAGUUGACUGGGACGAAUUGGACACAUUUUCAGAGUCCUUGCGAAAUGGUACUAGCACUAGGCUCGAGUUUAAAAACCCCAAGAUCGAACAAUUUGUAGAAGUUAAUCUACAGAAACUAAACGAGAUCCAAGAUUGUGUAAUCUGGUGGCCGAAAUUGUUCAAGGACGAUGAAAAGGAGAUUAUUGUGAAUAGAAACGAGUCAAACUUUAAACAGGCCUGGGAAAAAGCACAUGAAAUGUUUAAAAAACGUGUUGGAAGCUUUGAAAAGAUUGAGAUUUAA